AUGCAGCGACUUCAGCGUGCUAUUCAUACAGCAACAAGAGCAACAGCCGGCAAUUUCACCAAAACCUUACCCAUUAAUCAUGAAGUUUCUAGCCUCAUCCAUUUGAUUCAAGUUCCCAAACCUAAUUUAGCCUUUCAACCAUCUCACUUGAGAGCCGUACACGAUGGUCUGAAAACAGAAGGGGUACUACAAUUGCAGUUAGGAUUUGAAGAUGAGAAAAGUUCUUACCUCCAGAAUCUAAUCCACAAUCUCAGCAAGAGCCAUAACCACGGUCUUCCAAUAGCCCAUAGUGCCGAGCGCGGAUGGUUUUGGGAUGUUCGGCCCUAUCCCAGCAAUGUCAAAAUUCAUGGGCACCGAGCUCGCUCAGAGACAAUGUCUUGCUUUGAUUGGCACACGGAUUGCAGCUAUGAGAAUCAUCCACCUCGAUAUUUUGCUCUUCAAGUACUUCAGCCAGAUCGCUGCGGUGGUGGGACACUAUCGCUACUGAGUGUCGAUCGUCUCCUCACCUUGCUUUCACCUCAGGCACAAACGUGGCUUUCAAGCCCUAAUUACAAGAUCACUGUUCCUCCAGAAUUCAACAAGAAUCAGGAUGAACAGUGCAUUGUGGGAAAUCUACUUAAGAUGAGACCGGAAGGUGCCAGUGGAAAUCAAUUGCGAUUCCGGGAAGAUAUCACCACUCCCUUAACUCCAGAGGCUGCCUUGGCUUUGAAUGAGUUGAAAACAAUUUUGUAUGAUCAUGGAGCCCAGAAAUGGACUAUCAACUUGGGACCUGAGAGUCUUCCCCAGGGAUCAAUCAUUAUGAUGGAUAACCGACGAUGGCUGCAUUCACGAAAUGAGGUCAAGGAUCCUAACCGUCAUCUUCGGCGAGUUCGGUGGGAUGCAAGGCCGUUCUGA